AAUAUCAAGCAAAAUUUGAAAGGCAUUUAAUGGAAAAUCCAGACUGUAUUCACUUGUUUUCAGUUAUCUCUUUUGGUUUCUCAGAAACUCGUGAAUAAGGAUGUUACUGGGAGGUCUGCGAUCUUGUGCUGCCUUUACAGUGACAACUGAAGUCAAGACAUGAAAUCUAUGACAGCGGGAACAUAUAAAACACCAUUCAGAGAAAUGAUUCACUUGAGGAUCCAGAAUACAAUGUUUUAUGAAAGGAAGCUCAACUCACAAACUUAUUUGCUGCUUCAUCUAUGUGUUUGCAGUGCUGAUAAACAAAGUGUCUCUGCAGGUCACAGUAGAGGGUUUUAUCGGUGGUUCUGUUGUCCUGCCAUGUUCUUCAGCUGAACACGAUCUUAAACUUAAAGACACUGAUGUGCACUGGAGACACAAUGGCAGCAAACAUGUUUAUGAUAUUAUUAAUGGUAAAGAUUUAAAAGAAGAACAGGACCCACGAUACAAGAACAGAACCAAAACUUUCCCUGAAGGGUAUGUGAGAGGAAAUUUCUCCAUCAAACUCUCUGGGCUCACUCACGCUGAUGCAGGAAAAUACAUCUGUCUCAUCACACCCUCAGAUGAACAGGAGACUGUAGAGCUGAUCGUCAACGAACCAACAACAGAAAAAGGAAACCAAACCAUUGAUCAAGAAAACGAAGAAGAAAUCAGACCAGACAGUGUUGAGAAAUCAUGGCUUUGGAUCCUGGUUGUCACUCUAUUAACCGUACUGUCUAUACUUUUCAUUGUAAUUAUCUUUAGAAGAAAGAUCUCCAGCUGCCAUAUGUCUGGUGAAUGCGGCGUGGCUUCAUGUGUAACUUAA